AUGGUUCCUGUACUUUCUGUCCCAGAUGUUCAUGCUGGAGAGGCUAUACUAAUCCACGCAGCAUCAAAGCUUGGCACAGCUGCCAUCCAGCUGGCCUGGAGGGCUGGCGCUAUUCCUCUCAUCACAGCUGGCUCCAAGCACAAACUUUGGAAGGCAGAAAAUCUUGGAGCAGCUGCUGAGUUCAAUUACAAAGAAAAUUUUCUGAAGCAACUCAAAUUAAAAAGCCUGAGUGCCAGUGACUGUACUUAUUUUGGAGGUGAGAACCAACACCAGCUCAUGGUGUUGCUCUGCUACCCUGUUGCUGUGGCUGGGAAUCCCCUCAACUGCCUGGCUCUUUAUGGUCACUGGGUUCUCUACGGUCUGAUGUGGGGAGCUGAUGUCAGUGGGCUCCUGCUUUCAAAACUACUUUUUAAACAACGAAGCCUCAUAGCCAGUUUGCUGAGAUCCAAAAAGUACAAGCAAAUGCUGGUGAAAGCUUUUCCCCGGGAAAUUCUUCCGGACUUCUCCACGGAGGGCCCCCAACGCCUGCUGCCCCUGCUGCACAGCAUCUGCUGGGUGACAGAGGUCCAGGCCGCUCAUCAGCACAGGGGCAAAGUCGUCCUCAAGCUGCCCCAGGGAAGGAGGAGGGGGUGGUCCGGGCCACGGCCGCCCCAGGCCUUCCCAGGGCUGACGCCGAGAGGACUCAGUCCCCAGGUCCACCCAGUCCACUGA